AUGGCGUAUCUCUUCGAAACCACGACCCUUUCCGAACGUGACAUUCGCUCCAUGCUUCAAUUGCGCGGUGGACUACCCGUUGAGCACCGCGUCACGGCGUGGAAGUUCUUGCUACGUCUCCCGGGUAACUCGAAGCACUUCGCUCAGCUCGUAUCCAGAGGACCGCACCCGGCGGCGUUGGCUAGCCUUUCAAUCCGCUACCCCUUGCGCGACCGAAAACUCUUUCGGAAAGCGGCCGUGCUUUUGUCUGCAUUGGCUCAUUGGUCACCGAUCUUGGCGGAGGUUGAGUUCGUGCCGAGUUGGCUGUUUCCCUUCUGCGUGGUUUUUGGUCAGGACGACUUAGGAGCCUUCGAGGCGGCGGUGUCUUUUUUUUUGCACUGGGGGUCGCGGCUUCUGGUAACCUUUCCACAGCCACCCGUGCCGGUGCUAGCGGGCAUGGAGCUCGCGCUGCAACGCGCUGAUCGGGAGCUCGCGGCCCACCUCAAGUCCCUCAGCGUCGGAGCGCUAUCCUACGGGUGGCCCCUGCUGCGUAGUGCCUUCUCGGAGGUGCUAGCCCGGGAGGAGUGGCUGUGUCUCAUCGAUCGAAUUCUGGCGAACGCCCACCAGCCCGAGCUUCUCGAGGCUGCCGUUGUGGGCUUCGUGGUUUCCUUUCGGAAGCAGCUGCUUGUCCUGGAGUCGAUCGAGGAGGCUGAAGCCUUCUUUAGGCGGCAGCAGUCACCCUCGGCCUCCGACCUCCAACGGAUGUUUCGGGUGAUGGAAAAGGUGUCGAGUUACGUUCAACAACCCGAAAGAUUGGGAGGUCAAGUGGACAGCGAUGGUGAAGAUGUGGGCGAGGCGAUGGCGGCAUUAGCUUUGCUUCGCGUAGCCCCUCAGGAGUUAAAACCGCUUCCGAAGGUUGGGGCUUAUCCGUUCUUUGACGGGUACCCGCAGUUUGUGAUCAACUAUCAGGCGGAGAUGAGGCAGAGAGUGGCCGCACAGGAGCGCGACAUGAGACACAAGUACCGGCUGGUGAAAGAGCUAAGGCAAGGGGCAGGGGCUAUCGCCAGCAGAGAGGGGGCACCGAAGAAGUGGGUAGAGGAUAAUAUCGAGAAGUUGGUUGAGGCGUGAGCUUAUGUCCAUGUGGUAGUUGAUCUAACUGAGAUUGUAUCAGCGCGCGCGAUCGCGUACACGGUCGAAACAAGGUAGCAGUUAUCAACACGGAUCAAUAAUACCGUCGUGCUGGAAGCAGUGGAUGAGCCAUAAGGGCGUGUCGGUUGUGAAAUUUUGGAAAUGGAUGGGGUGCAUGUGCCUUGUGCUAAUCCUUAAGGGGGUCAAGAGUGUUUUGGUAGCAGUAUCGUGAAUGGGUGGGUUUUGUAUUAAACUGCGCGUUGGAUGCUCAGUUAGUUGCGUUUUACUUUGUUUCGAGAGGGUCAAGACCGACUGCGUGAUGCUCGAGCUCGUGAAAUCGAGUAGGUUCGAGUUGCCGACUUGGUGUGGGGACAAGCUUCAAAGGGUCAACGACUACCUCUUUUCAGACCACACCUCGGGAUGUAAACAUUCCAAACAAACGC